UUAGUUUACCCGGUGUGCUCGGAAACUCUGAAUAAACGCGAAAUUAAAUAACUCCGUGAAUCUAUAAAUGAAAGAAAUCGAAAUCACCAAGUUUCUCGUGUCAUUCACGGGUCAAAUUGAAAAUGUGGUUUUCCCAGCGGGUGUAUUCGACGAGUUGUUGUAUAUUCAAUAUGAGGCUGUAUGGGGCCCCGAUUGGAGUCCAGUGUCGGGUUUAACAUCAGGGAACAGUCAGAUGGCUCGUUCAGGAGCCAAUCCUGAAAGAGUAGUCUUUAAUAUGCCUUUAGAGAUGGUUUUCAGCAGCACAAAUGUGUCAGGAUGGCCACAACUGGUGAUCACAGUCCGCGCACAGAACAUGAUAGGUGGGGACACGCUGCGCGGCUAUGCGUUAGUUCCGCUGCCAGCCACUACGGGCGCACGGGCUUGCGCGGCGCCACUGCUGCGCCCGCUCGCCGCGACCAUGCUGGGCGAGUGGCUCGCCUGGCUCACUGGUAGGCAUCCCGAACUCGCAGAGCCGAGGAUGCUGGCUUGUGGAAAAGAGAAUUACUUGUUAAGAACCGAGUCGUAUGGGACAGUUGAGGUGCGGACGUCCAUGGUCUCCAAGGACUUCAGGCGGCUUGGAUACGACAACCAACCAUCGUCUAACGAGACUUAUAAUGCCUGAUAUUUGUAAACAAGUUUGUAAGUUACAUGAAUUAUUUGACGAACUAAAGUCACCGACAUGGCCCACCGGAUUAGCAAGCUGAAGUAGCAAUGGGCAGGCCACAUUGCACGCAGAGAAGAUGGCCGAUGGGGUCGAAAAGUGCUCGAGUGGAGACCACGGAUUAGCAAGCGUAGGACGACCACCCACAAGAUGGACAGACGACCUUAUUAAGGUCGCCGGAAGACGCUGGAUGUGGGUCGCUUCCAACCGGUACAUGUGGAGGGCCAAGGGGGAGGCCUAUGUUCAGCAGUGGACGUCUUAUGGCUGAGAUGAUGAUGAUGUUGAAUUAUUUUGGUGAAUAAUAUGUAGUAUGUAAUAUUAGGCCAAUUGCACCCAGGGAUCGAAUACCGGUAUAUUUUUCAUACAAUUUAACCGGUAUUCAAUUUCGGUAUCUCGGUUGUUUAUUUAUGUUUUUGCAUUUCACUUAGCUAAGUCCUUACCUAAUUACCAUUCUAGAAUAUCAAAGAAAUAUUUGGAAUGAUACGUGAUUUUUUAUUUUUAGUUAUACCGGUAAUGAUCCCUGGUUGCACUUAGGUAUUAGGCUGCGGAUUGGACGCAACCGGCACGCGGCGCAGUGAGCGGCAAUUGCGGCUAAUCAAAGCCGUUCAUACAGUUGCUCGAGCGCAUUUAGUAAAUGUAUGUAUGACCUUGAUUUACUGCUCGCCGCACCGCGCGCCGUUUGCGUCCAGUCCACGGCCUCACACUCACCACUCACAUCACACAUAAUCCAGCCAUCGUUCCGUAGAAAUCCGUCUAUUUUCAUAGCAAAUGUAGUUUGUUGGUGCAAUCUGCUCUGUUUAACUUGCGUACUUAGGUACUAAGAUUUAUUUCGUUACUUUUCAACUCAAUUUAUUUCUAGUUACGGUUAGCUGAAAUAUAUAAGUCAGCAAUUUUGCAGCAGUGUAUACUUGUAUAGUAAGUAAUAUAACGAGUAUUAAUUAAAUGUGGACUGGAGUUGGAAACAGAUAAUAUGCUUUUUGGCUAUAAACAUUGCGUUUGCGAUAGUAGUACUGCAUAUACAAUAUGUAUUAUUAUGUAUACAUAGGGUUUGAAUUUAGGGAAGGGAAGCCAAUUAGCUCCACAAAUAAGUACCUACAUUAAAAUAUUUUUUCAAGCGGUUAAACUACUGUAGACCUACUGAUGGCCAAGUUCAGCUCUGGAACACCCUUUUUCCUAUAAAUGAUUUAGGGGGCAUCUAUUAAUUUAUGUAAGGGGUUUUAGAGGAUUUUUUGACCCCCUGGUGAGAUGUCGUGAGAUUUGUCUCGAUCCCCUACCUCCCCCCUAAUCUCACGUGAGAUCUUUCAAAUUUUGUAUUUUUAGUACUUUUUAUUAGUACUCAAUUGGCUUUACUAUUUCUAUUAAGAGUAUAGUAAAGACUGAUAGAUAUGUGUGAUCGUUUAUAUAUUUUAGUCCAGACACAUGUUUUAACUAAAAAAUAAUCUUAUCCCCUUGAAUUUUUACACAAUUAUUUGCCUGAAAAUAAUUACGUGGUAUUUGCCAAAAUCCCCCUCACCCCCACGUGAGAUAUAGUGAGAUUCGGCUUGACCCCCUUCCCCUCUGAAGCCCUCCCGUAAUUAAUGGACGCCCCUUAUUAUCUGGAUCGACCUUUUGCUCUUGUUAUUAGAAAACACGACGAUUUUUUUAUGUAAUUCGAUCACGGUCUACUAUCUACCUCCUUUUCUUUAGUACACGUGCAAGAGAGAAAAAAGAAGUCACGGACAUAACUGAAGCCUAUAAUAAAUAUAAUGAUGUAUGCCGUGCCGUGCUGUCAGUUCUGUAAGUACGUUGACACUUCGACAGUAACCUAGGGCCUAUAUGCCCGCAUAUUAAUGAUUUACUCGGAAAAAGGUUGUUGCUAAUCAAUUAUGUAGCCUUACAAGCUACUGUAACGCUACUGUAUUAUUUGAUUCGUCCAUUUCUUGCUUUAGUCUAGUUAGAUAAUUUACUUAACUAGCAGUUCGCCCCAAACGGAGAACUCGCGGUUCGCAAUAAAGUAUAUGUACUUUGAGUAGAUUCAUACGAGGGCUGCCUUUUAAGUCUUGUCGCACAUGAGCUAUUGUAGGAACCUAUAACAAAAAGUAAUGAAUACUGAAUACAUUUUUUACCUUACGCCGAUGUGACGGUAGCGAAACGCCAAGCCACAUAUUUUGAUUAAGGUGUAGAGUUUGUGAAGUUAGGGGGUAAGGAGUCGUUCAGUAAAAAAGUGGCAGUGAAUUAUCUAGUAUAUUUUUUUUAUUUUUUACUAAUUAUGAAGCAGUUUAUUUUUUUCAGUAAUCUGUAGAUAAGAUACUGUAAGUAUAAUAACAGUAAAAUCAUAUUGAGAAAUAUCAGAUUGUUUAAGUUUUCUCAUUUUUGCAAUGUAUUUCAUAACUUUUUGUACAACACAAUUUGACAAUCUUCACUUGCCGUUAUCCACAAUGCCACACUUGAAUUACAAUUUUCACAUGAAUUGUCUUAGGAGACAUGUAAUAUAAAAGGCGAACACUUCAAUUCGCCCUUUUAAAUUUAAAUACGAUUGUAUUUAAUUGUAUAGAAUAGUAUGUACGGAUUACUACAAAAAUGCGCUACUUCAAAAUUAUCACUAAAUAAAAUGAAAAAUCCACAUAA